AUGAAAUUCGCGACUGUGUUUGCCUCAGUCGUGAUCCUCGGCGUCUCCAAAGCCGAACAUUUACCAACGCAGCGAACAGAGGCCCAGGCCCUGAAAUUUCGAUCACCACUGCGAACCCCUCGACGUACAUGGGAAUCGGCCCUGAAAUAUUCCCCGUUUCGACUACCAGCGCCAGCGGCAGCACCACUACCACUGUCGACCUGUCUCCUAACUGUAACCAAGCUUGCCCGGAUGACUAUGAACCCGUUUGCGCAACGGAUGGCAAACAGCAACUCGUGCAAGUUGGGCGUCGCGGCUUGCCAAUACCCGACCGAGGGUCUUGCAAAGAAUGCUGAUGGUCCAUGCAAGCAAUUGGAAACCAAGAGCUCAUCAUCUCGGUUAUGACGAAGAAAGUCGCAAUGCUAACAUGACGCUGUUGCGCUGAUUUAGAAGCCUCUGGGGGAAAGAGUCAGGAUUCUGAAGCGAUCAAACAAAGUAAUUGUUGUUGGGAUC